AUCUAAAAAUGGAACCAUCAAUGUUUGGAGCAGGGCUUGGCUGGAGCACUGGAGUGUCCUCCCUUGUUGAAGACACAGGUGUUUAUAAUAAGGAAGCUAGCUGUUGAAAGGAAUAUGCUGUUAAUGAGAAUGCUAAUUCUAAGUAUAGGCCUUAUAUGGAAGAUACUUUCUGUUGUGAUGAUAAUUUUGCAGGUGAUGUUACCUGAGGGCUCUUUGGGGUCUUUGAUGGCCACGGAGGGAGUACAGUGAGUGAGUAUUUGAAAGAGCGCUUCCCGGAUGAGAUAAAAUCGAGAAUUGAAUCGGAAAGUCCGUCUGAUUUGGUCGCAGUUAUUGAAGAGACAUUUGAGAAAAUAGAUGAUGAGCUCAAGAUGAUGGACUCAGAAGCAUGAGGGUCUACUGCUUGUAUUGGUAUAAUAAGGAUGGAAAGCGGUCAUAAAGUACUAUAUAUUGCAAAUGUGGGAGAUACAAGAGCAGUUUUAUCUAGAAAUGGAGUUGAGGAAAGGCUUUCAGUUGAUCAUAAGGCUUCAGAAAAAUCCGAACAUGAUAGAGUAAUUAAGGAAGGAGGGAUCAUUAUGAACGACAGAGUCGGAGGAACUCUUGUUCUCACUAGAGCUAUGGGUGAUUUUGCACUCAAAGAUAGUGGUGUUACGUGCAAACCAACAAUCAAGAAGCAUUUCAUCCGUCCUUUUGACAGAUUUGUUGUUAUCGCUUCUGAUGGUGUUUAUGACACCAUGUCUGAUGAAGAUGUUGUAAAAAUGUGAGAUUUAGAAGAAAGCACAGACAAAAUUUCAAAGGAUAUCAUUGUGAAAGCCCUUGAGAAUGGCUCUCAAGACAAUCUGUGUUGAUGCGUAAUUAAGUUAUAAUAUUUAACGCCCCCAUGGAAAUUAC